AGCACCACUUAGCGCGGCCGUCCAAAUUUCACUCCCACCGCCAUCAUGACAGAGAACACAUAUGACAUAUCGCAACACUUCCGCUGGAACCCAGAUUAUGACGCAGUUUUAGAGCAAAUCGCUGACUCUGACAUAGAAGAGUCAAAGAUAGAAUGGGCCCUGUUACGCGACGUGAUUAAAUACAAGGUGGACGAGAAUAUCGCCCUAUUUCUAGCAGAUCCACUCCCUCACAAUACAGUGGAAUUCCAACCGUUGCCUGAGGAUCUCCUCAAAGCUGGUAACUUAAAGUUACCCCCGUUCCCGCUUCGCGAACAGAAUGAUCUCAACCACAGCGAGGUACCGAAAGCGUAUAUGAACCAGCAAGAAGCAGGCGAGGUCAAAGCUUUCAUUUUCAGGCAACUGCAUGAAUUUGAUGAGUGCGUACAUAUCUGUGGUCAUCUACGAUAUCUGAUUGCAGAUGGCGUUAGCGAUCCUCCUUUCACCAUACAACGUGUCUGUGAACUCUGCACACGACCAAAACAACACUAUAAAGCUCUUGGAAAGUAUCUUCGAGCGGUAGAGAAAUCAUUGCUCGUUACAUCCUCGUGGGACGCUUUCCCUGCGGAAGAAUCCAACCAAGACGGCCCAACGAUAUCUUCAUUAUCCAUGACAGCUGGUUUACUGUCAGCACCGACUACUCCGCUCUUCUCUCCCAUAUUCUUUCAUCAUGAAGAUGCACGUUCAAAGUCACAAAGUCCUCCUCCAUCGCCUCUAGCACUAAGUGGCAUGGAAUCUACGGGACACGUCGAACCCUUGGAAGGGAUGCCACCCAAAGCACUUGGCCUAGUAGAUGAAUUGGACGACCCAGGCCCAGGGCACUUGAGCAGUCAUCCAACAGCUCUUACAGCUGUUACCACGGUGGGCUCAAAGCCAUUCAUGGAUACGCUAGAGACAAGGUUUGUGAGAGGAGAGGGACAACAUGAUAUGGAUAGCAGUGAUCAAAGGAUGGCAGAUGGUGCGGGAGAUAAGGAAACUAUAAAUUGACGGUGCUUUCAUCUGAACUGGGAACGAUUCAGUAAGAGCCGUGACAUAUACCCAACGUCAAGGUACGCACCACGAUAAACGGGGUGUAUUGUAUCUCAUUCAAGUAAAAUCGCGCUUGAUUUUUUCGAGCAUGGCCGUCAUCCGAUACUUCAUGUUGGGUUGGCCCUUCCCAUGCCCCCGAUCUCCAAAGGAAGCACCGCGCCCUCCCCUGGUGCUGCCUCUCUGCGGAUUGGUACCACGAGAAGGUUUU